CACAUUGCAUACUCAUGCCAUAUUCUUUCACAGAAAAAAUAACACAACAAACAAAAAAUUUGGUGUUACGACACCGUUAUCGGACACGAUCCCAGUCAAAAAUCAUGGAUGAGCUAGAGCAAACAGAAAUAAGAGAAGAUGUGAACCAGCUCAAGGGGCAAAUGACCAAGAUCUUGGAGAUUUUACAAGCACUCGGAAAUAGAAAUGAUGGGAAUCCUUUGGUAGAUGAGGAGGUGCCCCAAAACACUCUUGUUCACCCAACGGGCGUCGUUCCACACCUUUUCACCAAUUAUCAAGAAGGGAAGGCACAACAAUUUCCACCUUAUGGUCUUCCUCCAGGUUAUACCCCACCCAUAGACACUCAUCUCCCCAACAACAAUACACUGGUCGUGGCUACAAAUCCACAACAUGGUACUGGCGAGUUCCCUCAAGUGCAACCUUCACCCCUUACUUCGGGCUUUCCUGGCUCUUCAUCGCAAGGAAAAUCUACCGAAGCUAAGCCGGUGAUGUUAAACAUACACCAUGAAUCUCGACCGCUCGAGAGCAAUCAAUCCCAAGAAAAAUGGCAAGCCUUGGAAGAACGCUUGAGAGUUGUCGAAGGGGGAAACAAUUAUGGAUUUGAUGCUUCAGACCUAUGCCUUGUUUCUGAUGUUAUAAUACCUCCGAAAUUCAAAUUGCCUGAAUUCGACAAAUACAAGGGAACUACAUGCCCCAAGAACCAUCUUAUUAUGUAUUGUCGAAAAAUGGGUUUUUGCGCCCAUGACGAAAAACUGCUAAUCCACUUCUUUCAAGACAGUUUGACAGGAGCUUCCCUGAGUUGGUAUAUGCACCUUGAGCGAGCUCAUAUCAGCUCUUGGAAAGAUUUGGUGGAUGCCUUUUUGAAACAAUACAAAUAUAAUCUCGACAUGGCUCCUGAUAGAAUCCAGCUGCAAAAUAUGACAAAACGAGGCAAUGAAACAUUCAAGGAAUAUGCCCAACGAUGGAGAGAACUAGCUUCCCAGGUUGAACCCCCCUCUGAAAAAGAAAUGGUGACCAUGUUCAUAAACACUCUUCAACCUCCGUUUUAUGACAAAAUGAUAGGAAGCGUUUCAUCAAAUUUUUCAGAUCUCGUCAUCAUAGGUGAAAGAGUAGAAAUGGGAUUGAAAAGCGGAAAGAUUGCUUCUGGCUAUACCGGAUUAAAUAACACAAAAAAGUUGCCCGCAGGUGCGAAUAAGAAAAAGGAGGAAGAAAGCCAUUUUGUGGCGUCAAACCCAGCUAAUCCUUCUUUUGUGCGUCGCCCUUACGCUGCUGCAACUUCACAAAUCUCAGGUACUCUAAGUCAACACUUACAAGGGAAUCAAGAUUCAUAUGAAAGACAAGGGAAAAACUAUCGUGGGAGGAAGUUCGUACAUUUCGACCCAAUCCCUAUAACCUAUGAGUUAUUACCGCAUCUGGUUAGCAAUUCUAUGGUUGCACUAUGUCCCGGGAAAACUAUAGAACCACCCUACCCAAAAGGAUAUGACUCGAAUGCCGUGUGUGAUUACCACUCUGGGGCUGUAGGACACUCUACUGAAAACUGCUUAGCUUUAAAAUUUAAGGUGCGCGAUUUGCUUAAGGCUGGAUGGUUGAAUUUUAAAGAAAACAAGCCUAGCGUAAAGAAUAAUCCUCUACCAGUCCAUGCAAGAUGCAAUUUCCACCUCAAUGAAGAUCAUUCCAUAGAAGAAUGCAAUGAGUUUGAAAAAGAACUUCAAAAAUUGAUAAACAUAGGCACCAUUCAAAUAGGUCGUUGGGAAAAGGAUGACAGUACGAUUGGAACCCAAUCAGAAGAAAAACUUGGCAUAACCAUCCCAAAACCAUUGGUCAUUCAUUUCACUAAGGAGAAAAGUAUGAAUUCCCCCGAUGAUUUGAAGACUUUAAUACUUCAGAUACCAAGCCCUUUGUCAUAUAAAGACAACAAAGCCAUACCUUGGAACUAUAAUGUAGAGGUACAUCUAGCUAAACAGAAGAACAAAGAUGUUUCUAGCUCUAAAACUACCGCUGUCACGAACGUUUCAGGAAUAGGAGGAAUGACUAGAAACGGUCGGAUAUACUCCCCGGGAAAAUCACAAAGAGAAAUGAGAGUGGUGUUUGAGAAGGCAUACACAGAUAAAGAAGAAAAGAAAGUCGAAAAUGAGAAAGUGGAAAAUGAGGUUUCUAAUGAAGAAGCUCAGGAAUUUCUCAAAAUCAUCAAACAGAGUGAAUACAAAAUAGUUGACCAACUCAACCAUACUCCUACAAGGAUUUCAUUGUUAUCCCUAUUGAUGAAUUCUGAGUCCCACCGGAAGCUAUUGAUUAAAAUACUAAAUGAGGCUCAUGUCACUCACGACAUCACCGUUGACAAAUUUGGAGGCAUCAUAAAUAACAUCACAGCUAACAAUCACCUAACUUUCACAGAAGAUGAGCUGCCGACCGAAGGGAGAGGGCAUAAUAAAGCACUACACAUAUCAGUAAUGUGCCUCGACCAUAUAAUGUCAAGAGUCCUCAUUGACAAUGGCUCCUCGCUGAAUGUCAUAUCAAAAUCAACAUUAGCAAAACUACCUUGUGAUGGUACAUAUAUGAGACCAAGUCCCAUGGUUGUCAGAGCUUUCGACGGGAGUCGCAGAGAAGUAAUGGGGGAAAUCGAUCUCCCAGUUCAAAUAGGCCCGGUCACAUUUGAAAUCAUGUUUCACGUGAUGGAUAUUGUAUCCGCUUAUAGUUGCUUAUUGGGUAGGCCAUGGAUCCAUUCUGCCGGCGUAGUGUCGUCAACCUUACACCAAAAGCUGAAGUAUAUGGUAAAUGACCAAUUGGUAAUCGUGUCGGGAGAAGGAGACUUGUUGGUGAGUAAUUUGUCCACCACACCUUAUAUUGAGACAACAGAAGACGCUCUAGAAACUGCAUUCCAAACACUAGAAAUCGUGGACACCGCUUAUGUUGAGACGACACCUAUAGAACCACAUAUGUCAAACACUGCUAUUAUGGUGGCUAAGUUCAUGUUGAGCAGAGGACACCAUCCAUGGCACGGGUUGGGGAAGGAUGAAGAAGGGCACAGAGAACCAGGAGAAGGAGAUUUGUUGGUGAGUAAUUUGUCCACCACACCUUAUGUUGAGACAACAAAAGACGCUCUAGAAACUGCCUUCCAAACACUAGAAAUCGUGGACACCGCUUAUGUCGAAACGACACCUAUAGAACCACAUAUGUCCAACACUGCUAUUAUGGUGGCUAAGUUCAUGUUGAGUAGAGGACACCAUCCGUGGCACGGGUUGGGGAAGGAUGAAGAAGGGCUCAAAGAACUGGUGGAACUUCCUGAAAAUAGAGAUAAGUGGGGUUUAGGUUACAAACCCACCAGGGAUGACAAAUGGAGAUUGGUCAAAGAGAAAAAAGAAAAAAGAUUAGCUCGAAUUGAAAAUCGAGAGCCAAGAAUCGAAAGGAUUCCCAUCUGUGACAUCCGACGGAGUUUCCAAAGUGCAAGACCAACAAGUGAAAUCCAUAUUGCGGCAGCUGAAGAUGACAUGUUUGAUGGGGAUGCUAAUUGGAUUCGCCCGUGUGGGGUAGGGGCAGAAAUCAGGAAUUGGAAAGUAGUCAAGUCACCUAUGAUAUUUAAUGCAAUUCCAAUAAUGCAUUCUCAUUUUGUUUUCUUAUUGUUCUUUCUUAUCACUUUCAUUUGUUUAUAUUCAUUCGCCAUUUUUUUUUAUUUCUUUUUUAAUUUUUUAAUUUUUUUUUCUCUUCUCCUUCUUUCUCCUUAUCCUAGCCUUGAAUCCUGCAGAUUUGGGAAUAGUUCAUUCACAGACGACUGUACUAAGAUCUCGUUGCAUAAUCUUAACCAUCUUGUUAGUCAAACAGAAAAAGAUAAUGAAGAAGAUUAUGAACCCCCUCUAGAUUUGUUAAGAGCGGUAGAACGGGAAACCCAGGGUAUCAUGCCCUUUGAGGAACCGAUAGAAAUAGUUAAUCUAGGGACUGAAGAAGGAAGGAAAGAAAUUAAGGUUGGCACCAUCUUAAAAAAAGAAGUAUAUCACAAACUAAUCCAACUCUUACAUGAAUACAAAUAUGUUUUUGCCUGGUCAUAUCAUGAUAUGCCUGGAUUGGAUACUAGCAUAGUGGAGCAUAAAUUGCCCUUAAAAACGGAUUCUUCUCUGGUGAAACAGAAAUUAAGGCGAAUGAAGCCUGAUAUGUCAUUAAAAAUCAGGGAAGAAAUACAAAAACAAUUUGACGCAGGAUUCCUCGCUGUGGCAAAUUAUCCCCAAUGGAUAGCCAAUAUUGUACCAGUGCCAAAAAAGGAUGGCAAAGUACGAAUGUGUGUCGAUUAUAGGGACCUUAAUAAAGCUAGUCCUAAAGAUGAUUUCCCGUUACCUCACAUCGAUAUUUUGGUUGAUAAUACGGCUCGCCAUUCACUCUUCUCUUUUAUGGAUGGUUUCUCUGGGUAUAAUCAAAUUAAGAUGGCAGCUGAAGAUAUGGAAAAAACGACUUUCACCACUCCUUGGGGAACGUUUUGUUACAAAGUAAUGCCUUUUGGUCUGAAGAACGCUGGAGCGACCUACCAAAGAGCUAUGGUAACCCUAUUCCAUGACAUGAUACAUAAAGAGGUCGAAGUUUAUGUAGACGACAUGAUCGCUAAGUCACAAACAGAAGAAGAACAUAUUAUUGAUCUAAAGAAACUCUUCAAAAGACUUAGAAAGUUUAAGCUAAAGCUCAACCCCUCCAAAUGCACUUUUGGGGUGAGAUCGGGCAAAGUAUUGGGAUUUGUGGUUAGUCAGAGAGGAAUAGAGGUUGAUCCCGAUAAGAUUCGAGCCAUUGCAGAAAUGCCUCCCCCGAGUACAGAAAAAGAAGUUCGCGGUUUUCUUGGGAGACUAAAUUAUAUUUCAAGAUUUAUAUCACAACUAACUGCUACUUGUGAACCGAUAUUUAAACUUUUACGGAAAAAUCAAACAGUUGUGUGGAACCAAGAAUGUCAAAAGGCAUUUGAAAAAAUCCGACAGUAUUUGCAAAAUCCUCCAAUUCUAGCCCCACCAGUUCUGGGCCGACCCUUGAUUAUGUAUCUUACAGUCCUCGACGGGGCCAUGGGAUGCGUACUGGGGCAACAUGAUGAAACAGGAAAAAAGGAGCAUGCCAUUUAUUAUCUAAGUAAAAAAUUUACAGAUGCUGAAACAAGAUAUACAAUGUUAGAACGUACUUGUUGUGCCUUAGCCUGGGCGGCUCAUCGCUUGAGGCAAUACAUGCUUUGCCAUACAACUUAUUUGAUAUCCAAAAUGGAUCCAAUCAAGUACAUUUUUGAAAAGCCCGCUCUCACAGGGCGAGUUGCUUGAUGGCAGGUGAUGUUAUCAGAAUAUGAUAUUACCUAUGUUACUUAGAAAGCCAUCAAAGGGAGUGCCUUAGCAGAUUAUCUAGCUAAUCAACCUGUUGAUGAUUAUAAAUCAAUGCAAUGUGAAUUCCCAGACGAAAGUAUCAUGGUUUUGUCUGAAGAAUAUGAUGAUGGAAAAUGGACCUUGUUGUUCGACGGGGCCUCAAACAUAAUGGGGCAUGGGAUUGGGGUUGUUUUAAUAUCUCCAAAAAAGAAGUUCAUACCUAUCACGGCGCGAUUGUGUUUUGAUUGUACCAAUAAUAUGGCAGAAUAUGAAGCUUGCGCCAUGGGAGUUUUGGCGGCUUUGGAAUCAAAAGCAAAAGUUCUAGAAGUAUAUGGAGAUUCAGCCCUAGUCAUUAAUCAGCUUAACCAAGAAUGGGAAACUCGAGAUAAGAAGUUAAUACCUUAUUUUACCUACAUAAAAGAAUUGUCUUUAGAAUUUGACAAAAUCACGUUUCACCAUGUCCCUCGAGAAGACAAUCAAUUGGCUGAUGCUUUGGCUACUUUAUCAUCUAUGUUCCAAAUAAAUCGAAACGAUGAAAUCCCAUCAAUUAAAAUGGAGAGUCGAGAUUAUCCAGCCUACUGCCAUGUCAUGGAAGAAGAAACUGACGGAAAACCGUGGUAUCACGACAUCAAACAUUAUCUUAUAAAUAGAGAAUAUCCUCCCGGAAUAUCGGAGAAUGAGAAAAGAACUUUGAGACGGUUAUCCGCGAGCUUUUUUGUGAACGAAAAUAUUUUGUAUAAGAGGAAUCACGAUAUGGUACUCCUCAGAUGUGUUGAUGUUAAUGAGGCGAAGGAAAUUCUACAAGAUAUCCACGAUGGCUCUUAUGGGAUCCAUAUGAAUGGACACGCCAUGUCUAGAAAGAUUCUUCGGGCCGGAUAUUAUUGGCUCACCCUAGAAAAAGAUUGUUAUAAAUGUCAAAUAUAUGCUGAUAAUAUCCAGGCCCCACCAAUACCCCUGAACACCCUUUCAGCGCCCUGGUCAUUCUCAAUGUGGGGCAUAGACGUCAUCGGAAUGAUCGAACCGAAAGCAUCAAAUGGACAUCGCUUCAUCUUGGUGGCAAUUGAUUACUUUACCAAGUGGGUAGAGGCAGCUUCAUACGCCAAUGUAACCAAAAAUGUGGUAGUCAAAUUUAUAAAAAGGGAAUUAAUAUGUCGUUAUGGUCUACCAAGCAAGAUCAUUACUGACAAUGCCACAAACCUAAAUAACAAAAUGAUGGAUGAAUUGUGUGCCACCUUUAAAAUUCAACACCACAAUUCGUCCCCGUACAGACCAAAAAUGAAUGGUGCAGUUGAAGCGGCAAAUAAAAACAUCAAAAAAAUUAUUCAGAAAAUGGUUAUAACAUACAAAGAUUGGCAUGAGAUGUUGCCAUUUGCACUACAUGGGUAUCGUACUUCGGUACGCACUUCAACUGGGGCAACCCCUUUUUCCUUAGUAUAUGGGAUGGAGGCUGUGCUACCUAUUGAAGUAGAAAUCCCCUCGCUCAGAGUAUUAAUGGAAGCUAAACUAGAGGAAUCAGAAUGGAUACAAACGCGUUUUGAUCAAUUGAAUUUGAUUGAAGAAAAAAGGUUGGCGGCCUUAUGUCAUGGGCAAUUAUAUAAGAAAAGACUGAAGAAAGCGUAUGAGAAAAAUAUACGUCCUCGACAAUUCCAGGAAGGUGAUCUGGUGCUGAAAAAAAUCUUACCCAUUCAAAAGGAUUAUCGUGAGAAAUGGACUCCUAACUAUGAGGGACCAUACAUCGUGAAGAAAGCUUUCUCAGGUGGAGCUUUGAUCCUUACGAAUAUGGAUGGAAAAGAUUUAGCUCUUCCUGUAAACUCAGACGGCGUGAAAAAGUAUUGUGCUUAA